CUUCAACUGCGUGGCUUGCACGGGACAUGGAUAACCGUCGUUAUAUUAUGCUCAAAAUAUUCAUCCAGGCUUCUUCUAUGGGUCAACAGGUGGACAACGAGCUCAAUAUGUAUAGACAUAUGGAAGAAGCGUCAACCAACCAUCCCGGUCGUGACGUCAUAAAAACAUUACUCGAUACAUUUUACAUCGAUGGACCUCAAGACAAGCAUCGUUGUCUCGUGCAUCCCCCAUUAUGGAAGAGUGUUUUAGCGUUCUUACGCCGAAAUCCAGUUGAGAGGCUACCCUCAGCAGUCAUCGCAGUGGUUCUUCAUCGCCUGUUUCUAGCCUUGGAUUAUCUCCAUACAGAGUGCCAGAUCGCACAUACUGGUUUGUAGCCCAGCAUGUCUCUCCGGCUUUUAUAAUUCUCGCUUCUUUCCCUAUUAGAUAUGAAGGCCGAUAAUAUCAUGUUCGGUUCCUUGUUUACGGGCCAAGACCCCACAUUUGAGAGAUACCGAAGUCGGGCACACCUGGCCGAGCUGAUAAAUCUUCUGGGGCCUCCUCCCUCCAGCCUUCUUGCUCAAGCGGAGCUACGAGAUAAAUUCUUUUCAAGUGAUGGUAAGUGCACUAGCUGGUGAAAUUUGGUGUCGGAGCUGACUAACGCUACUACAGGUGCUUUCCUCACUCCGGACUUAUUGACGGAUCCAGUCCCGCUUGAGAAAAGGUAAACUACUCUGGAGGGGAAAUUGGAGCGAGAGAUGUUCUUACAUUUCAUGCGUAAAAUGCUGCAGUGGGAACCCAGCAAGCGUAGUUCGGCUAAGGAGCUAGCGGAGGAUGAAUGGAUACACAGCCAUAUGUAAAUACCGAUCAAGCAGUGAACUCACAUGUUGGUAUGUAGUGAAGACUGCUUACGUUCCCGCGUGGGUUCUUGAGUUCACAGGUGUUAGGUACGCGAAGGAAAAU